AUGGCAUCGACCGAAAGAAGUUCUACCGAAAAUAAUAAUGCUUCAUCAUCGUCUGAUCGCAAUGAUGAAAAGAACACAUCAUCGAAUAAUGAUAAAGAAUCAGGUUUUGAGUGCAAUAUUUGUCUCGAAACGGCUCAUAAUGCGGUUCUGUCUCGUUGUGGUCAUCUGUUUUGUUGGCCAUGCAUUCAUCAAUGGUUAGAAGCUCGAGUUCAUAAUCCAACAUGUCCAGUGUGUAAAAGUAGUAUUUCACGUGAACAAUUAAUUCCAAUCUAUGGACGCAAUGCUCCACAAACUGAUCCACGAGACACUAUACCACCUCGGCCGGCCGGUACGAGACAAGAGCCUCGUCCAAAUCGAAAUUUUGGAUUUGGCGAAGGAGUUAAUUUUCAAAUGUCCUUCGGUGUUGGUGCUUUUCCGUUUGGCCUAUUUCAAACAGCAUUCACAACAACUAACGCCCAUCAUAGUUUUGUUCCACCGCCACCAGGUACACCUGAUCGUUAUCAGCACGAGUUAUUAUCACGUGUAUUUCUUGGUAUUGCACUGGCCGUGAUUUUAUUUAUUAUUUUCAGUUGA